AUGUAUAGCGGAACACCGAUGAAUGCUCUACGAGCGAAGUAUCGGUUAGCCGAGGAUCAACAUCGUAAAGGUUUGAAAGCAAUGGAAAGUGAUGAGUACAAAUGCGCUUCUGCUGCAGUUGAUAAUGUAAGCAAGAUCUUGAAGAACAACCGAAAGUCAUCGAUUACUCGAAUGCUGAACGAUACCGCUAAGGGUUUGAAGCACGUUUAUCAACUCUCACAUCCGUCCCAGGAAGAUCUUACUUAUGAUCUCUUCAAAUGUUCCAAAAAACCCGAGGAAGCUUCUUUGGGAAAAUUACUUUCUGUUUUGCGAUCAUUCGGCAUCCGUGAAGACGAUCCACGAUUGAAACAUACGAUUGAAAAAAUGCAUGAAUAUGAACUACAAAUUGAGGAUGAUUGCGAUACUAGACACUGCCUAUUAAACAAAGAACAAUUCAAAGAAUGUAUUCGGCCCAGCAUUAAUUUAAUUGCCCAGACACUUCGCAACGAUUUAAUUAUUCCAUGUUGGGGCGAAUUUAUUGCCAAGAUCAAAGAAAUUUUUGAUGAAUGCGCAAAUAUUCAUGAAGGCAAAGUAGCAGAUUAUAUUCCUCAGUUGGCUAGGAUGGAUCCGAAAAAAUGGGGUCUUUCCAUAUGUACGAUUGACGGACAACGUAUCAGUUAUGGUGACGCACGUGUACCAUUUUGUUUUCAGUCCAUAUCAAAAGCUUUUAACUAUGCGAUAGUGGCUUCUGAUUUGGGAGCAGAUUUCGUCCAUAACUAUGUGGGCCAUGAACCAUCCGGGCGAUUAUUCAAUGAAAUAUGUCUGGAUUGCAACGGUAAACCGCAUAAUCCUCUCAUAAAUGCUGGAGCAAUUAUUGUCACAUCACUGCUGAAAAUGGGACACAAAAUGGCUGAUCGUUAUGACUUUGUAUUAACACAAUACAGAAAACUGGCAGGAGGUGGUUACAUAGGAUUUAAUAAUGCGACCUUCCUUUCGGAACGCGAUACCGCAGAUCGUAAUUAUGCGCUUUCUUACUACAUGAAAGAAAAUAAUUGCUUUCCUGGUUCAGUAUCGCUGCGAGAUGAGCUGGAUUUCUAUUUUCAGUUAUGUUCAUUGGAAACAACAUGUGAAAGUGCUGCAGUAAUGGCAGCAACUUUAGCUAAUGGAGGUGUUUGCCCACUUACCAACGAAACAUGCAUUAGUGCUCGACCAUGUCGUGAUAUUCUUUCACUGAUGUAUUCAUGUGGAAUGUACGACUACAGUGGCCAAUUCGCAUUUCAGGCAGUACCAAAUUUGAUGGGAAUUUGUAUUUGGUCACCGCCUUUGGAUAAAAUGAGUAAUAGCGUGCGUGGUGUAAGCUUCUAUACCAAGAAAAUAGAUCCCCGAAAGCGUGGAAUGCCAAAUGAAUCCGAACUAAUUCUCGAAAUGAUGUUUGCAACAAAGAAAGGCGAUAUUGAUGAUGUCCGAAGAAUGUUUUUGGGUGGUAUUGACUUGAAUAUGUCAGACUAUGAUGGUCGGACAGCAUUGCACCUAGCUGCUUCAGAGGGACAAUCGUUAAUGGUGGAUUUCUUUCUCGAUAUUGCUCAUGUUAAUCCGCUUGUGAGAGACAGGUGGAAUAGGACAGCUUAUGAUGAUGCUUUGUCGUUUGGAUUUACGAAAAUUGCGGAAAAAAUCAAAUCAGCUAUGGAUAAAAUAUCUGGCGGAUUCGUGCCGAUAACAAUUCCUCCGGAAAAAGCGCGACAACUACUACCUGAAAAUGGUGAUGUUUUAAUUAAUUUGCCAGAAGAGGCAAAUGACUGGGAAAAAGAAUUGCGAAUUGUGGUUGAUCGUUUGUCUUGUUUCGAUCACUCAAAUGUUGAUGACGAUUGUGUGACCAGUCCUAGCACUGUUGAGAAUGGCAAUGCAAUAUCUUAUAUUUUGGAAAAAUCAUGUGAAGGAAAUGGUGACGCUAGUGCUCUGGAUGCUGAAAGCAUUUCGGACGGAAACGGCGGUCAAAUCGAUCUUCGCAUAAAAUUUUCAGACUAA